AUGUCCAAACACUGGCCAUUUAAUCUUGCCGAAAAAACCAAAAAGUUAGCCAAUUACAAAUUUGAUGUAUGUUUUUUGAAAAAGAAGCGUUGGCAAAUAGCGCUGUUGGCCAAUAUUGGGUUUAUCAUUGCUUUUGGAAUUCGCUGUAAUUUUGGUGCUGCAAAGGGGCGUAUGAUUAAUAAUUUUACCGAUCCAUUUGGCAAUAAUCACACUCAGAAAUUUUACUGGUCGCCAACGGAACUUGGUGUAAUGGAAAGUGCCUUUUUUUAUGGCUAUGCAAUCACACAAAUACCAGGCGCACUUACUGCUCAUCCAUAUACGGAUUUCGUUGUUAUUGCCAUACAAAUAUGUCAAGGUCUUUCAUUGGGUGUAAGUUAUCCUGCAAUGCAUGGUGUCUGGAGACACUGGGCGCCACCAAUGGAGCGAUCAAAGCUUGCAACAACGACAUUCACUGGUGGAUAUCUCGGUGUGAUGAUUGGCCUACCGCUUUCAGCUUAUCUCGUUUCAUACAUCGACUGUGCGCCAUCUCCUGAAAAAAGCAAAUCGAUCUCGGAUGAUGAGAAACGCUUCAUUGUCGAACAGCUUGGACAAAUUUCUUCAUCACCAGCAACGCUAACAACAAUUCCAUGGAAGCAAAUUUUGCUCUCGUUACCUGUGUGGGCUAUUGUUAUUAGCAAUUUUUGUCGUUCCUGGACAUUUUUCCUGUUGUUGGGCAACCAGUUGACCUACAUGAAGGAUGUGCUGCAUGUUGAAAUACACAACGUAACAUUUUAUUUCAAUUUUUUACUAGUACCAAUGGCCGAUCAUGGUGGUUUGAUUUCAUCUUUACCGCAUGCUUUGAUGUCGGUGGUGGUGUUGGCAUCUGGACAGUUAGCUGACUAUCUUCGCUCUACUGGUAAAAUGUCAACUCAGAUGGUCCGUAAAGUCUUUAAUACACUUGGUUUGUCCCUUGAUUCUAAUUUCCAACAUUCUUGA